UCAUUCCCCCGCUGCAUUUCUUUCGAUUUUUCUUCACAGCGUUGUGUUUUCCUUGGCUUUCGCGUUCUCCUCCUCCAGCAACAAGGAGGGAUAACUCGCCUGUUCUUGGCGUCUCCUCUCUCCCGGAUACCGGCUUGGGCUUCCGGAGCAAAGCCAUGCCCGGCGUCUCCUCCAUUGUGCCCUGCUGUCGGGUGGGUCGGCGAUCCUCGGGGUGCAAAGAGGCUGGGGGGGGGGGGUGUGUCUGUGCAUCCCUCCCCUUCCUCGCAGCCUCGGAAGACGUUUCUCUCCGGGCAAGCUCAGCAGAGGCAGCUCCAGGCUCGGCCGACAGCGAGUCCUGAGCCGGCAGCUCCAGGGGAUUUGUCAGGAGCCCUGAGAGAGGAAGGGAGGGAGAAACCCUCCGUCCCCCCGUGCUUUUCCCCGUCAUGGAGCCGUGGGUGAUGCUGGACCCGCGGCAGAAAGCCCUGUACCGGGACGUGAUGCAGGAGAGCUACGAAACGCUGAUGUCCCUUGCAGCACAGGGGCUGGUGAGUGAAAAAGCAGCGGAGGAAGGAGCGGCGGCGGAGAGCUGCGAGGAGCUCGAAGCCCGCUCGUCCCGCAGCCCCGAGAGGGAAAAGAUCCUCGGCUCGAACAGACGGAAAACGAAGCGCCCGGAUAAAGCCGUGCCGCACGGCGCUGCCAAGAUGCCCAAAGGCGCGCCCGUCCCCAAAAUGGACUGUGCCAAACCCCUCCGUGGGGCGGCCAGCAAAGGACCGGCACGGGAGCGGCCGUUCGGCUGCGCCGACUGCGGCAAAAGCUUCCCCUGGGCAUCGCAUUUGGAGCGGCACCGGCGGGUGCACACCGGCGAGCGGCCUUUCGGCUGCCCGGAGUGCGGCGAGACUUACAGCCAGAGCUCCCACCUCCUCCAGCAUCGCCGGACCCACGCCAGCGACCGGCCCCACAAAUGCGGCGACUGCGGCAAGCGUUUCGCCGGCGCCGCCGAGCUGGCGGCCCACGGCCGGGGCCACGCCGCCGAGAAACCCCACAAAUGCGGCGACUGCGGCAAGGGUUUCGUUUGGGCGUCCCACCUCGCCCGGCACCAGCGGGUCCACACCGGCGAGAAGCCUUACCGGUGCGCCGAGUGCGGCGAAGCCUUCAGCCAAGGUUCCCACCUCGCCAAGCAUCGCCGGAGCCACACCGGCGAGCGGCCCCACCGCUGCCCGGCUUGCGGCAAGACCUUCUGCCAAAGCUCCGACCUGGCCCGUCACCGCCGCACCCAUUUAGGCAAGAAAGCCCUGCGCUGCGGCGAUUGCGGCAAGCUUUUCCGAGCCGGGCCGGCCCUGGCUCGCCAUCAACGGGGUCACCGGAGGGAACGUGCCCACCGCUGCGCCGACUGCGGGAAGGGUUUCGUCUGGGCGUCCCACUUGGAGCGGCACCGGCGGGUGCACACGGGCGAGCGCCCCUUUCCCUGCGGCAGCUGCGGCGAGCGCUUUGCCCAAAAAGCUCACCUCCUCCAGCACCGCAAGACCCACUCCGCCGACCGGCCUUACAAAUGCGGCGACUGCGGCAAGCGUUUCGGCGAGGCUCCCCCUUUCCUCGCCCACCAGCGGGGCCACGCCGCCCAAAAAAGCUACACCUGCGGCGAGUGCGGCAAAGGCUUCGCCUGGGCGUCCCACCUCGAGCGGCAUCGCCGCGUCCACACCGGCGAGAAGCCCUACGAGUGCCCCGAGUGCGGCGAAGCCUUCAGCCAGAGCUCCCACCUCACCAAACACCGCCGGAGCCACCUCCCCAAAGCCGCUUUCCCCUUCGCCCCCCCAACAACCGUUGCCCUCCGCCACGACCCGGCUGGCGGCGGGGGACGAGCCCCGCGGGGCCGUGGGGUUGGUGAAACCACCCGGAGCCCGCGGCGGUGAGGAGCCUCGAAGGACCGAAACGCCCCCUCGGAUGGGGAGGAAGGAUUGUGCUCAAGGGGAAAACGGGGCCUGGGGACACUCAAAGGACACCAAGUGACAUUUAAGAGGGUGGAGGGUGGCGUUGGGGUGGGCGACGGGGCUGCUCCAGGGGGGGGAUUUAUCCGUCCCGUGCCCUGCUGUGACGUGGACGCUGGAAAAUGGGCGUCUCGGGGCGGGGAAUGAGCCUCUCCCCGAGGGAAUCGGCGCUUUUCUCCACCGGGACUGGGUGUGGGGGGGGUAACGCGGGGCUGGUUCUGGUGCCAAACCGCGGGGGGGUCGUUUCGUGCCCGCUCGUGGCUGCCGGCGAAGAUCCCGAAGGCGAGAUACCGGGGGAGCAGCGCGGGAGGUGCCGCCGUGGGGUGAGGAAUAAAAAAAAAAAAGAGAAAAAAAAAAAAAAAAAAAGAGAAAAAAAAAAAAAAGGACAACCCCCCCUCUGUAAAUCCACCCCCAGCCCCGCAGCCGCCUGUGUCUGCCGCUUCUCACGCGCCGAGCCAGGGCUCCGCCGCUUUUCCCCGCUCCUGGUGGGAAACGCCGCGAGCGUCUCCUCCCUCUUUCCAAAGACAAAAUCCACGCCGAGGGAUUUUUCUUUUUCGUGGAA